AUAAUCAUUCUUUAUAUGUUUCUGGCCGUGUCCAUUGUGUGCGAUGAUUACUUCCUACCUUCCUUGGAGAUUAUCAGCGAUUCUCUUGGCCUCUCUCAGGAUGUUGCAGGAGCCACUUUCAUGGCAGCCGGUAGCUCCGCACCCGAACUAGUCACGGCUUUCCUAGGGGUUUUCGUCACAAAAGGAGAUAUUGGGGUCAGCACCAUCCUUGGUUCUGCAAUCUACAACCUUCUUGGGAUAUGUGCAGCUUGCGGACUCUUGUCAAGUGUGGUUUCAAGACUUUCUUGUUGGCCGUUAUUUCGAGACUGUUUCGCGUACACAAUUAGCGCAGGAGCCGUUCUGGGUAUGAUUAUUGACAACAAAGUUUACUGGUAUGAAUGUGCUUCACUUCUGCUAAUAUAUGGAGUCUACAUUUUGGUGCUCUGUUUUGACAUUAAAAUCAACCGGUAUAUCAUGAAGCAGUUCAGUCCCUGCUGUAACUGCCUUGAAGUAACAGGGGACGAGGCUGAACAUCAGCCACUGAUCGGCUGGAAGGAGACCGGGCCCCUUAUCCGUCGACACUCGAGAGCAGACAGCGGGAUUUUUCAGGACGAGUCAGAUUACUCCCACCUUUCAAUGAGCUUGCACGGACUAGAUACCAUUUCUGAAGGCCCUCCAAGCGUCUUCACUGUGCCUGAAGCAGACCUGAAAAGGAUUCUAUGGGUCCUCUCUCUCCCUAUUAUUCUUCUGCUCUAUCUGACAACACCUGACUGCAGAAGGCAAUUUUGGAAGAACUGGUUCAUGCUUACAUUCCUCAUGGCAGCACUGUGGAUUGCCGCGUUCACAUAUGUUCUUGUGUGGAUGGUAACAAUAGUGGGGGAAACUCUGAAGAUUCCAGAAACCGUAAUGGGGCUUACACUUCUAGCUGCGGGAACAAGCAUGCCAGACACGGUUGCGAGUGUGCUGGUGGCCAGAAAAGGAAGAGGAGAUAUGGCCAUGUCGAACAUCGUAGGAUCCAACGUAUUCGAUCUCUUGUGUUUAGGAUUGCCUUGGUUUAUCAAGACAGCCUUUGUAGACACAUCAGGUCCAGUGGAAGUGAACAGCAGCGGCCUGACCUAUACCGCCAUCUCUCUUAUCUGCUCCGUCGCUUUUAUUUUUCUGGCUGUUCACCUGAAUGGCUGGAAACUCAACAGAAAACUAGGGGCAGUCUGCCUAGUAAUGUAUUUAGGAUUUGUGGUAUUAUCAAUUCUAUAUGAACUUGGAAUUAUAGGAAAUAAUCCCCUCGGCCUCUGCGGUAACUGA